AUGGUCAACUUUGGUCAGGGCCGGGGGAAGCCAGGACGCCCUCCCAUGCCUGUCGGUGGGCACUGGGGUGUGGCCUCUCAGGCCUGGAGAGAGCAGAGGGAGAUCCUAUGGCUCCAGGCCCCCCCUUGCCCUCGGGGUACCUGUGAGAGGAGCCCGAGAGGGAGCAAUAACUUUGUUCAGGGCUUCCCCAGUGGCUCAGAUGAUAAAGAAUCUGCCUGCUGUGCGGGAGACCCAGGUUCGAUCCCUGGGUCGGGAAGAUCCCCUGGAGAAGGGAAUGACUACCCACUCCAGUAUUCUUGCCUGGAGAAUCCCCAUGAGCAGAGGAGCCUGGUGGGCUACAGUCCAUGGGAUCACAAAGAGUCCAACAGGACUGAGCGACUUUCACUUUCACUCCCCUCCUCACCACGCCCCCCCCACCCCCACCCCCAGCGCCUGGGGGAAGGGAAGGGUAUUGGCUUCGGACUUAUCCCGAGUGCUGACAUCUCACACCAGUGUCCGGACAUCCAUCCCCUUUUGUUCAGGGUCUUUUCCUCCCCUUCCACUGCCCACAGCCCCCAGUGUGCCUGCCUUCCGCUUACAGAGCCCGUGUUCUGGUACGUGCGUACAUGUAUGUGUGUGUGUGCAUGCGUGUGUGUGCACAUGCAUGGUUUGGUGGGCAGGUGCACAUGUGGUGGGAAAGAUGAUGUGAGGCCAGCUGGAGGCUGCAGGGGAAGCCUGCAGAGGGCGGGGUCUGUGGGGGAGUCUGCCUGA